AUGGCUCAAACAACAACACUAACUUUUGAUGGGACCCUGAAAAGGGUCCACACCGAAGUUUCGGACUCUUCGUCGUCAGAUGAAGAGUCUAUGACAUUGCAUGUUAAGAAAUCGAAGGUUAUUUCUUUGAAAUCUUGGCCAAGGUUUCUUGUCAUCGGUUCUUCCGAUGAUGGGGCCUUGAUGAAACUGUCGCCUUUUGCGAUACAAAAAGGGCUUGAAGGCUUGGCUGGAGAGCCCAAAAGUGUUAAGAAAUUGAGGAAUGGCUCAUUGUUGAUUGAAUGUUCAACAGAGAGUCAUUCUAGAAAUCUUCUUAAAUCAAAAAUGCUUUGUAACAUUUCCAUCAAUGUUAGUCCUCAUGCUACUCUUAAUUCAUCAAAAGGAGUAGUUCGGUCUAGAGACUUGGAAGGAGUUAGUGAGGAUGAGAUUUGCGAAAAUCUCUCAUCACAAGGUGUGUUGUCAGUCAAGCGGAUAAACGUUCGCCGGAAUAACGCUCUUGUUCCGACGAAUACUUUGAUCCUAGUAUUUAACACACCUAACCUUCCAGACUCUAUUAAGGCAGGGUAUUUGCAUAUACAUGUUGUGCCAUACAUUCCUAACCCUUUACGGUGUUUUAAAUGUCAAAAGUUUGGACACGGACAGAAUACAUGUCGCAACACAUUGACAUGUGCUCGUUGUGGUCAGUUUGACCAUGACAGCAAGGAGUGUCAAAAUGAUGUGAUAUGUACCAAUUGUAAAGGGAAACACUUUGCGUACUCGCGAGAGUGCCCAAAGUGGAAAGUGGAAAAACAGGUACAGCAGGUGAAAGUAGAAAAACACCUGUCCUUUACUGAUGCUAGAAAAUUUGUAGAUGCUUCCACACACGUGGCAUCGGGUAAAUCUUAUGCCACAGCUGUGAAGGUUUCUACAACCAGUGUAGCUAUUCAAACUGACUUGACUUGGCCAAACAGUGAGGAUAAAUUUAAGAAGAUUUCUGAUCUUGAAAAGGUGCAAAAGCAAGCUGCAAAAGCUGCUACUAACAAAGUUUCAAAAUCUGCCCAGGUGUCUUUGGAUUCUGGAAAUCCACCAAGAGGCUUAUCUUCUGGGGAGCCAGGUCCCAGUAAGCCUCCGCCACGAAAAGACACUAAGAAACACAAUAAGGAUUCUUCUUCGGGACGAUUGAAGAAAUAUGAAAAGCAGUUGGUUCUAACCAACAAUCCAUUUGAACCUUUGGCUGAUGUGGAUGAUCAAAUGGAUAUAGUGCCAGAUGAUCUUCCACAACCACACAGAUCUCAUAAGCCAAAGAUAACUCCCGUACUUCCCCCUAAUGGCUAA